UGCUCACGGCCUCGAGUAAAGGAAGUGAGUCACGCUGACUGUAAUGCUCCGUCUCUAUUGCAGCAGCAUCGAGAGCUGAACGGGGAACAAGGAAGCAACAUGUGCUGCCCAUAAUAACUCCUACACAGCAGCCCAGGCAGCCACGAGUCAAGAGACAGGAGACAAGGAGGCGAGGACGCUCAAGAGCAUAUUCUCCCGACCGGACACUUAUUAUCUCACCAUGAAAAGAGAGGUGGAGGCCGGAGUGAACUUCCUCAAAAGCCUGGCUGUGGCACGUGGCAAGCUCAGUGAAGCCAAAGCAGAACUGUUUGCCGAGAAGCUACAGGAACUUCUAUGCAACAAAUAUGACGACCACUGGUACCCUGGCUGCCCCAGCAAAGGCCAGGCAUACAGAUGUAUCCGGAUAAAUAACGGAGUAGCCUGUGAUGAAGUGAUCCUGAAGGCAUGCGAGCAGAGUGAGCUCACACCCAGUGAACUUGGCUUUCCGCGUGAGAUCACACUGUGGAUCGACCCUCUGGAGGUGUGUGCAAGAUCUGCAGAGAACGGCCGGCCGUUCACAGUAGCCCGUUUCGAAGAGGAAGGCGUGGAGGUAAAACAGGCGGACUCCUCGGUGGACCUGGGAACUCUGGACACGUCGGAUUACCACUCUGCUACUUCUUCGGAUUGUAGUUCCACUGCGUCGAGUGACACAGAGGAGGAGGCUAAAGAUGGCGAGACGGAGGGAGAGCAAAAAAAAGAAGGGAAGGAUGUCAUCAAGAAGGAUGCACCAGAAAGCAACACCUACGCGAUAGCAAUGGUUCCCAGGAUUCGGAAGCGGCACGACGAAGGACCAAAUAAGAUUAAAUACGUCAGAAAUAUGCUCCCUGCCAGCCUCCAGUACUUCUACCACCCUGCAUCAGUUUGGCCUCAGUAUAAGAAGGGCGCUCCAGUGUUUCUCAAUGCAGUGUGCGCGCCUCCGCCGCAUCCUCCUCCGCCACAGCAGGUAUUUGGCUACUACAUCUUGCCGCAGCCAUCUCCUCAGUUCAUUCUGCCUCAGGCCGCUCUGCAGCCGUGGGGAGCUGUGAAGGGAUAGACCGUCCAGGAAGUGUGGGGUGCAGGUGGAUAGAGAACCUUCAACUGAGCCAUGUCGUGUCCGGCUCUAAAUUCAGCUAACCCUGGGCCAAAAAAUUACUUUUUUAAAAACUGUCUAUCUCAAAUGUACAACCUGUAAUGAUUACUCUUUCCUUUUCACUUCUGGUGACUUGCAAUGCACAGCUUAUAUACUCUGUCAGGUCUGCAUUGCAAAUGUCUUUUCUUCACAUACUGUAAACGUUGAGAAUGACUUCAAUCACUGGGUGCUUGGACUAACUCAGGACAUCUCAGCAAUACCCUUCACACCAAAUGGUUGUCUUUUCUAGUGGUAUUUCUUUUAUUAUGUCAAUAUCUUUGUAUUUUCUCUGAGAAAAUAUGAUCCAUGGUGUGUUCGUCACAGUUAAUCAAUGAAAAAUGUGAUUCAGGGGUUUAAUCUAUUGCAGCAAGAGUGACAAUUUAUGUAUUUUAAGAAUAAUAUUUUUACUAAACUGCUUGUAAAUAAUACAGAACUUGGAUACCAUUGACCGAUGCACAUUUUUUAAUCUCACUGUCUUUUUGUUGUAAUUUAUUUGGCCACCAGUGGGUGGCACUCAACCUAUAGCUAACACAUGAAAUUGUAUAUUUUUGUAUGAACAGUGGCUGCUGUAUUUUACAAAUCUAACCUCACAGAACACAAACCUGAUAUUAAAUAGCUUAAACUAUCUUUUAUGUUAGUACAAUGUAUUGAUCUGUGUAUCUUGUACAGCCUACUUAACGUUUUUUUUUUUUACAAAUAACUUUCUUUGCUAUGGAAAUCUGCUAUACAGCUAUAUAAAUCCUGAAUAGUUUUCACCAACGGACUCGCAUAUACUGUGAUCAUUUAAUUAUAUUGAUGCAUAUUUAUUUAAUGCCCAUGCAACCUUGAAACUCAUCUCUGUGUGUAAGCAUUUUUGCAUUGGCUGUUUCCCUUCUUAAUGCAGCAGAUUAAAUCCACUCAUACCUGGAAUCACA